AUGACGACCGGCAAAGUCCACGUCCUGGUCUUCCCCUACCCUGCACAAGGUCACAUGCUCCCUCUCCUCGACCUAACCCACCAACUCGCCCUCCGCGGCGUCUCCAUCACCAUCCUCGUCACCCCUAAAAACCUCCCCAUCCUACACCCCAUCCUCUCCAACCACCCCUCCAUCAAAACCAUAGUCCUCCCUUUCCCUCCCCACCCCUCCAUCCCUCCCGGCAUCGAAAACGUCAAGGACCUCCCCAUCCAAGCCUUCGUCUCCAUGAUGUGCGCCCUCCAUGAGCUCCACCGCCCCAUCGUCGACUGGUUCAGGUCCCACCCUGACCCUCCCGCCGCGAUCAUCUCCGACAUGUUUCUCGGCUGGACCCACCACCUCGCUGUCGAGCUCGGGAUCAAGAGGUUCGAGUUCUCGCCUUCCGGGGCCUUCGCGCUCUCCGUUAUCUACUCUCUCUGGCGGAACAUGCCUCAGAGAGACGACCCUAACGAUGAGAGUCAGGUGGUUGAAUUCCCGGAGAUUCCGAAUAGUCCGAAAUACCCCUGGUGGCAGCUCUCCACCGUGUUCAGGUCUUACGUGGCGGGAGACCCUGUUUCGGAAUUUAUUAGAGGAGGGUUUCGUGGGAAUAUGGAGAGCUGGGGGCUGGUGGUGAACUCGUUCACCGAGUUGGAGGGACUCUAUUUGCAGCAUUUGAGGAAGGACUUGGGGCACGACCGGGUUUGGGCCGUUGGGCCGUUGCUUCCUUCGAACAAAGAUGACCCGUCCGGGCCCGUCCAGAGGGGCGGGUCGAGUACGGUUUCGGUGGAGGAGAUAAAGUCGUGGCUGGACGCGCGGGAGGAUGAGACGGUGGUUUACGUCUGCUUUGGGAGUCAGGCGGUGUUGUCUAAAGAGCAGGUGAGAGAGUUGGCGUUGGGGUUGGAGAAAAGUGGGGUCAAUUUCGUAUUGUGUGUGAAGGAUCCCACCAAGGGAGGACACGUGGAGGCCGGCGAUUGUGCGAUACCGCUGGGGUUCGAAGACCGAGUGGCGGGUAGGGGGAUCGUGAUCCGAGGAUGGGCCCCGCAAGUAAUGAUUUUGAGGCAUCCGGCAGUCGGCGCGUUCUUGACGCAUUGCGGGUGGAACUCAGUGCUUGAGGGAGUAGUGGCGGGUGUGGCGUUGUUGUGUUGGCCGAUGGGCGCCGAUCAAUUCAGCAACGCCACAUUGUUGGUGGAACAAUUGAAAGUAGGGAUUAGGGUGUGCGAGGGUGCAAGGACCGUGCCCGACUCAAACGUGGUGGCAAGAGUAGUGGCGGAUUCAGUGAGUGAGAAGCAUGUCGAGAUGAGAGAGCAGGUGAAGGUGAUGCGCGAAGCGGCAUUAGGGGCCGUGAAAGACGGUGGGAGUUCAGUGAAGGAUUUGGACGGGUUGGUGGAUCAUUUGGCUACAUUACAAACAAGUAAUAACUUGCAAUCCAAACAAAAUGGAAAGUGAAGCCAAUUUUAAAUUUGAUUAUAAUAAUUCAGUUAUCAUAAAUCUAGUAGUAUAAUUUUGUCGGUC